UUAUUCAAUGGAAUCUCAUGCUGUUCACAUUCACAUGAAAUGUGAAGAUAUGAAUCAAGCAGUACAAUGUGAAAAUGGUAUUGCAGUGGUUGGGAACUUCUUACAGGUGACAAAAGAUGACAAUAAUGAUUUAUUGGCAAUAACUAAUAAUUUGAAAAAAGUUAUAAAAACUAAUUCAGAGGCUGAAAUUUCAGCUGAUUGUUUUCAAUGGCUCCAGAACAAUUCUGAAAAUGAAUAUUAUACUUAUCCUGGUUCUUUGACAACACCCCCAAAGAGCAAAACUGUGACAUGGAUUGUAUUUCCGAAUCCUAUUCAUAUUUCUCAUUCUCAAGUAAAAUGUUUUCGACAACUUACAAAUGAAGAGGAUCAU